GACUGCCUCAGUCCCCGUUAACUAAGUUUCUCCGGUGAUCGCCGGAGUGAUUCAUCGACCGCUGCAGACGGUGGUGCUGCGAUGGUGCGGAAAAGCCAGAAGCCGAACCUGAAGCUAAACCUGUCGCCGGCGGAUGCUGCUGCUGUGGAUUCUCUGGCGCGCGGGUACUCGUCGUCGCCGAGCUCGUGCUUGUCCUCGCAGGAGGGAGAGGCAGAGGCGACGCCGAUGGUGGUGGCCGGCUGCCAGCGCUGCCUGAUGUACAUCAUGCUCGCCGUGGAUGACCUCAGGUGCCCCAAGUGCGGGAGCCUCGUGCUCGUCCACUUCUUCCACGGCCCCACCUCGUCGGAGGAGAAGAAGAACAAGAGCGGCUGAAGAGCGCAGGGGAAAACGAAUAAAGAUUUCCUUUCAAUGUUGAAAUUAAUCGUUGUUUACUUGGAUGGAAGGGUUUAGUGCAAAGGUUUAGGUGACGUUUAGUUAUUACUAAGAAUAAGAAUGAGAAUGAGAAUGAGAAUGAGAAUGAGAAUAUUAUGGA